AUGGCGCCAUCAAAAGAGGAGGUUGAAAUUGCUGAAAGCUCACAGUUCACAUUAAGCGAGAUCGAGGCUGCCACAAAUUUCUUUUCAGAAGGCAAUAAGAUUGGAGAAGGGGGAUUUGGAAAAGUGUAUCGGGGCACACUUGAAAAUGGACUAUACGUUGCUGUGAAGAGGCUUGAUGGGUGUUCUAUUCAAGAUCAGCAACAGUUCAAGAAUGAGGUCACUUUGAUGGCUAGACUUCAGCACAAAAAUCUGAUUAAGCUCCAUGGAUAUUGCUUCGAAGAAGGGGAAAGAAUUCUUGUACUUGAGCUCGCACGCAAUGCUAGCCUAGAAGGAUUCAUUUCAGAUUCAAACAAACGUGUGUGGUUAAGUUGGCAGAGGCGUUUCAGUAUAAUAAAAGGAAUCGCCCGAGGACUUCUUUACCUGCACGAGAAAUCCCGCCUUAGGAUCAUACAUCGUGAUCUGAAGCCUGGCAAUGUUCUGUUGGACAACAACAUGAAUCCUAAGAUAUCCGAUUUCGGCACGGCAAGGCUAUUUGAUUUGGACCAAAGUAGAGAAAAGACCGCACAUCCCGCAGGAACUUUUGGUUAUAUGGCUCCUGAAUAUGUAAGGCAUGGAGAGAUCUCUGUGAAGACUGAUGUGUAUAGCUUCGGCGUAGUGGCAUUGGAGAUCAUCAGUGGCAAGAAGAAUUCAUACUUCAGCAGUUCCGGGAUUUCGGAGCACCUACUGAGCUACGCAUGGAAAAAUUGGAGACAGGGAACACCUUUGCGCCUUAUAGAUCCGAUGUUAAGCGGCAGUUCGAGAAUUGAAAUGUCAAGAUGCAUUCACGUAGCAUUGCUAUGUGUUCAAGAGAACGUAGGGAGCCGGCCUACCACGGCUUCAGUGGUUUUAAUGCUCGGGAGCCAGAGCGCCACCCUCCCAACCCCGACACGGCCUGCAUAUUUGGCAGAUCCUAGUUUUGGAGAAAUGUCGGCUUCAUUGGUCAAUGGCUCAUCAACGCCAUCAACAAACGAAGCUCAGGAUGGAUCCACAUCCUACAUGAUAUCAUUAUCGAUUGAUUGAAGCUGAAUUUGGAAGUAAGACGAUGCGAGCUGCAGUGCGGAUGAGUUUAUGCUUUUGAAAGUUCUAAACUCAGGGCGAGUUGCAUUAGAAAUCUAUGGAACACCCUGCAAGGGACACGAUCCGGGCUAAUACUUAAAUUCAAACUUUUGAUAUACGCAUGGACCUGUUUC